GGCAGUGUCAUCAUUAGAAGGACGAGUGGAAGCAGCAUUUCUUGCCCUGUUUGGUUUUGUUUUGGAAGUGAAGGACAAGAAUGUGAUGUAUAGACCCCUUCUGGGAUCUAUCAUAUCCACUCUGGACUGCUUAAAGCCAUUGAUCGAAGACAUGGCACAAGGAAACAGGGUACCUGGAUCGUCCAGUGAAGGAACUAGAGUAUUUCGGAAUGCAUAUGGAGAAAGGUGCAGAGCUAGUCCGCAGGUGCUCCAAGAAUGGUGUGUGCGCCAAAUACAAAAAGAAGAAAUACACCAACCAACUUCUUGAGUUGGAUGCAUGUCUUCAGAGGCAGUUGAAUGUACUGAGAGUGCAGGUGGCAAGCGAUGUGAGGGAGACCACAGCUUCGAUAAGGAGUAUACAGAAGAUGAUCAAGCGAAUUGAGGAGAGUGGUGUCAUGAAGAAUCAAAUGGAAAUGAAUGGUCCGUGUGAAGUAGUUGUCGAGGCUUCAACCCCUGAUGAACAGAAUGAUGGUUUAGUUGAACCUUCAUCCCCUGAUAAACAGAAUGAGGGUUCGGUUUCAGUGAGUAAAAUGGAGGCAGCAGAUAUAAGAGUUGAAAGAAGUGGUGAGGUGCGAGAAAAGAGUGAAAUUCCAAAUUGGUUUGAAGUACCUGAACCUCCAUUGUUUACAGUUGGGUUGGAUGUGGCUUUGAAAGAGAUGAAGAUGAAGCUACUGGAGUCUGGAGGAUGGGUUUACGAAGAUUGGUGUGUGGGGUGUUGGAGGAGUCGGGAAGACCACAUUGGGGAAAAUGUUGUGUCAUGAUCAGGAAGUCAAAGAUAAAUUCAAGAAAAUCUUCUUUACCACUGCUUCAAAAUGGCAGAACCUGAACCUCAUUAUGCAAGAACUAUAUCGAGUCCUGUGUUCCCAGGUUCCUACUUUCCAAAACAAAGAAGGGAGACGUUAUCUGGUUGUCCUGGAUGAUGUUGGGGAUGGAUCAGAAUCCAUUCUUCCGGAGUUUGAUGGAUUGAAAAUUCCAAAUAGCAAGAUUUUGAUUACAUCAAGAUAUGCAUUUCCAGGAGUUGGUUCUCAAUACCAUUUGAAAUCUCUGAAUGAUGAGGAUGCAAUGUCUCUUUUUCAUCACUCAGCGUCAUUGGGAGAUAGGUGCUCUUGUAUUCCAGAAGAUCUUUUG